AGUUAUUACAUGUAAUCUAAGUCCACACAUUUUCUCUCUCUUCCAUUUGAGUUUUUUGUCUCCUCAAAUUCCCAUUUCUCUCUCAUCACCAUCCAUCCUCAACACCAGACAGGCACCUGUUUCCCUCCACUGCUCAUCACCAAACUUGGAUUUUUCACCCUUUAUCUUUUUUCUUGAUUUUUACAUUUGUUUUCAAGAAAACACAGUUACACACUAGAAUUUCUUGUUUCCUUUGCAGAAACUGCAGUACUUUUUACCCUCCUGAAAAAAGAUUUGAGAUUUUCUUGAGUUCUUUUUGAGCUGAAGAUGGAGAGAGAUUUCAUGGGCUUGGCUGUGAAGCAGGAGACUACUGAUGAAACCAUGGAUGCUGCUUUGUGAAACUAAACUUUACCAAAUUACUGCCUAGUUGUUAAUCAUUAGCUCCGUUGAGAAGUUCAGCAAUGCAGUGGUCAUUCUCAAACAGUGGUUCAGCUCCUCAGCUGUUGUCUUUUCAGGCUGCUCAAGAAGAAAAGCCUAAGACUGGUUUUGAUUCCCUCACGUCGACUGGAUUGGUGACUGUAACUACGACAGAAGCUGCGCAGAAAAGCAUUGUUCCUGAAAAGCAAGGUGGGGUUCGCUACAUGGUUACGACUCACUCGGUUGCCAAUCAAGCAAACCUGACAAUUUCACCUGCUGUGACCACUGCUGUUCGCCAAUUGUUCGUUGCUGGUUCGGGCCAAAAUCUGAUUGGUUCUGUCAGCUCACAACCUGUUGAUGCAGUUACAGUGGCAAAUCCUGUCCCGGCUAUGCCUUCAAGCAGCCCCGUUGUUGGAACCACUGAUUUAAGAAACACUUCCAAGGUCUCAGGAACUCCUGCUCAGCUGACCAUCUUUUACAAUGGUUCCGUGUGUGUCUACGACAACAUUUCUCCAGAGAAGGCUCAGGCUAUUAUGUUAUUGGCCGGAAAUGGCCCUCCUCUGACUUCUAAUGCAACACCGGCUGCAGCUCCAGUCCAGGCCUCCGUGCCGAGAUCUUCUGUUCUCGACGGGUUUGUUAUAAGCCAGCCUUACGGCACAACACCACACCAUCCAAGCCCCGUUCCUGUGACCUCUAUUAAUGUAUCUCAGUCUGCUGUCCGGUCCGGUAACAAUAAUGACGCAGCUGCUGCAAAACCAGCUGGGGUUAUCAUAUCCUCAUCAACCAUUGCUCAGCCUCUGAAAGCAGCUAAUUCGCUAGGAUCUGUUUCUGCCACCUUUCUUUCAUCAGACACUGUCCCUCAGUUUCGCAGAAAAUCUUUGGCCCGAUUUUUGGAGAAGCGCAAGGAAAGGGUAAUCACUGCAUCACCAUAUGCUGACAAGCAGUCUCCAGACUGCAGCAAUCCCAGAGGCGGCAGCGCUGGCUUAUCUGUGAACUCCUCAGGCUCCUGCGCUGUUCCAGCAGUCAACUAAUGGUGGAUUUCAGCUAAGUUUGCACAUGCGCAAAUAGAGAUUAGCUGUAGAGGCAAAUCUCCUGAUCUAAAAUUGCAGUAUACAUUUGUGUUGUGACUUGCUACGUUUUAAUCGUUUGGUAGACGUGGGGUGUAGUCUAUUUUUGUCUUAAUUCGUGAUGGAAAGCCUCUUCUAUAGAUCAGACCAAGAUUGUAGUAUGCUUAUAAUCCCAAAUUAUUACACUGUAUCAUAAAUAUUAAGUUCUUAUACAUUAAGAACAGCAGUAUUUACUAUUUACUUCUUUUGUUCA